AUGAAAAUUGAUGGAAGCGUCUUUAUUGUUACUGGAGGAGCAAGUGGAUUAGGUGCACAAGUAGCUCGUUCAAUUAUUUCAGAAGGCGGCUUAAUAUCUAUCCUUGAUGUCAAUUCCAACUUGGCAAUUAAAUUGGCCGAUGAACUUGGUAAAAAUAAAUGUUAUUUUCAUGGUCCAACAGACGUUACAAUUGAGUCUGAAGUUGAGUUAGCCAUCCAGAGAACGAUGCUGUAUUUCAAUAAUGCCACAAUAAGAGGAACUAUACUCUGUAGCGGUAUCGUUAAACCACCAAAGUCAUUAAAGGGCUAUGCAGGCAAUUUGACAAGUUUUGCUCAAUUUGAACAUAUUAUCAAGAUAAACUUAUUAGGCACCUAUUGUGUUGCUCAAAAGGUAGCAGAAAAGCUUUUAGAAAAUAAGCCAAUAAACGAGGAUGGAGAAAAAGGUAUUAUCAUUACUGUCUCCUCUAUCUUGGGUUUAGAUGGUCUUCUGGUAGGCUAUGGCACAUCAAAAGCUGGUAUUGCUGGAUUAACUUUGCCAUUAGCAAAGGAAUUGGCUCCAUUUGGUAUUCGAGUUAUGUGCAUAGCACCUGGUGUAUUUGAUACGCCUCUUGUAAAUCAAUCUUCUGAAAGCGAAGGCACUCCAUUAUCUUUAUUUCCUCAUAGAUUAGGAAAUCCAAUUGAAUUUUCAAAUUUAGUAUUGCAGAUAAUUAAAAUGCCAAUGUUAAAUGGCUCUAUUAUUAGAUUGGAUGGUGCUUUAACUGUUUAG